AUCUGGCUCAAUCCUACUGUCUGUGAUGCUGCACAGUCCCACUUCUCCUUCUGUAUGUUGGAUGGAAUUCUGACUAUGUUGUUCUGUAUGUAUGGACUCUGCACAGUAGGACUUCUUGUCCUGGAUGCUGGGUGUAAUUCCCUGUAUCUGUCUUUAUCCUGUAUGUAUGGACUCUGCACAGUCCCACUUCUCCUGUCCCAAAUGCCAGGUGGAAUUCUCAGUAUAUCCUGUAUGUAUGGACUCUGCACAGUCCCACUUCUCCUGCCCAGGAUGCCGGGUGGAAUUCUCAGUAUGCUCUGUAUGUUUGGACUCUGUAGUCCCACUUCUCCUGUCCCAAAUGCCAGGUGGAAUUCUCGGUAUCUGUCUUUAUCCUGUAUGUAUGGACUCUGCACAGUCCCACUUCUCGUCCCAUAUGCCGGGUGUAAUUCUCUAUCUAUUCUGUGUAUACGGACUCUGCGCAUUAAUAUGUUGGGUAAUCAUUUUUGGAUUUGUUUUUUGUGUUUCUAGAGUUGCAGUGCUCUGCUUGACUCUUCCGCAUCUUGUGCAUGCUCAGCCUUUACCGGAGAGUCUACCACCUGGUAAGUUGUCAUCACUCUAAGAAACCCAAAUGGUGUUAACAGCUCAAUGUGCAUAGUAUAGCAUUGCUGCCUGAUUUUCAAGUGCCUGUCACAUUAUCUGAAAUAUGG